AUGGAUGUAGAGACGAGACGGGCCGUAUGGGACACCUUGACAGACGUGGCCAAGGAGAGAACUCUGCUACUGUCCUCUCAUGACAUGGAGGAAGCUGACGCCAUUGCUGACCAUGUAAUAAUCCUGGCGUCCGGUGGGAUCGUCUGCAGCGGAUCGACAUCCUUUCUGAAGAAAGCAUGUGGUGUUGGAUACAAGCUGACGUUCUCCAAAGUGAAAAACGCUUUCAAACUCCAUGACGUCAUGAAUAUCGUCCGCAAGACCACACCUGCGGCAUUCGUCGAUGAUGAGAAGCAAGAAGAGGUGUCCAUCGUGCUAGGCACUUUGGACAGCAAGGAUUUCCCAGCCAUGUUCAGGGCACUGGAAAGCUCUCUCCAAAAGCUGGGCAUUGCAGGCAUUGGAGUCACUGUCGCCUCGAUGAAGGACGUCUACUUGAAGAUAAACCUGGACUGGGUACCAGGGGGAAAAGCACGAGAACAAGCAGUAGAAGGAAAAGACAUCGACGUUGUCUGCAAGCCAAUUACGAAACGGCGCACGGUGGCAAGGUCGUUCUUUGCCCUUUUCGUCAAGCGUCUCUUAAUCCUUCUGCGUGGCUGGGAUGUCUUCCUGCUCUAUUUUGUGGGUCCGCUGGCAGUUCUGGGGAUAUUGGCGUGGAAUGCAAAUGCUGGAGCCAUGGGUAAGACCCCGGAUCAAAGCCGUAACAAGACCCUCGACAUCCCCGUGGAACUAGGCGUCCACUUCCCGAGAUCCCGCGUCGUGGUCGGCGAGUCACCAGCCACCAACGUCAGCCGAAACCUACGCACACUCGUGGAGGCUGAAGGCUGCACCGUGCUCGCCACAAAAGACGCGGAGAAGGAGCUCCGCAAAUAUACCAACGAAGACUUUCCAAGUGUCUUCACCGUUUACCCAUUGGCAGUGGCAUUUGAGUCCGAUGACAUCCGCAUGAUACCCAACCCGACGAGCGCCAUCACACUUCCCAUCACCGUAAACCUGGUGUACACGGCUUGGCUGCGAGCACUGACGUCUCAGCCGGCGGCGCAGAUCAACGUCACCAUCGCUUACAUGGAAAGCGAUGAAAGACCGUCUUUAUUAGACGUCAUACUUUUACGCUUCCUUUCCUGGAUGUACUGGGUAUCCGGUCCGUCAAUGACCUACACGUGUGCCUUCAUCGUGUACUGCGUAUUUCCGCUGACCGAGCGGUUAAGCGGAGCCCGAGACGUGCAGCUCAUGACGGGCCUCUCGGGCGUCGACUACGUCUUCGCCCACUUUGUCUUCGACUUCAUCUACCACCUCCUCUUCAGCGUGUCGUGGUGCGCCCUCCACUACGGUCUCAACACCUACUCACUGAGCACAACCGGCCUCUUUCUUCUUGGUUUUACGUCUGCUGGACCGCUGUUUAUUGGCACUGGCUACCUGGCGGCAGAACUCAUGGGGUCCACAAUGGAUGCAUUCCAAUUGAUUAUGACUGUGUUCUUGUUUGUAGGUCCCGUUACCAGCCCAAUAGUCACCGGUCUGAUGUAUUUGACUACGUCAGCUUUGCCGCACUAUGUGGCACUUAUCAUUGCUCCUUACGCCCUGCUUUGCUUGUUCUUCAAGAUAUGGAGUAACGAAGGCAAGACCAAGCAGUGCGAGUUCCUGCAGAAAGAGAAUCUCAUCGAAGAGGGUUACUUCCUCGGGAUCGACUGCACCGGUGGUCUAUUGCAAUUCACUUACAACGGAAUAGGCUUUGAGCUAUCGGCCGUUCUAGCCGAAGGCUUGCUCUUGAUGGCGCUCAUGAUCUUCCUGAUGUCCGGCUACUUGCAUUCGGGACGCGCCCUCGCGAGCGAGGAACUGCCCGGUGAACAAGACGUGGAGGAGGAGAAGAAGAGAGUAAAAGCUGCGCGCCAGCAGGACGGGCUCGCAGGCUACUCGCUCCUAGCCUGGAAUCUGCACAAGCGGUUCGGCACCCUGCACGCAGUCCGUGGCAUAUACAUGGCGCUCCGGCCCUCCGAGUGUUUCGGCCUCCUCGGCGUGAAUGGGGCCGGUAAGACCACCACGUUUCAGAUGCUGGCCGGACUCAUCAGUGUCUCGGACGGGGACGCUGUCACCGCGGUGGCGAAACUCAGUGGAAACAUCCGCCAGUGGCAGUCCCAGAUCAGCUACUGCAUCCAGCUCGGAGGCCUACUGGACAAUAUGAAUGCGUACGAGUACCUGUACCUGGUCGGUCGGCUGCGAGGCAUCCCUGAAAGCGAAUUAAAGCCCAUGGUGGACAGCAUCGUAUCCGUCGUCGAUCUCACAGAGCACGCCUCAAAGCAGUGCGGCGUGUACAGCGGAGGCAACCGCCGAAAGCUGUCCAUCGGUGUCGCUCUGCUGGGACUGCAGCCGUUCGUGUUUCUGGACGAGCCGUAUGCAGGGGUGGACGUCGUUUCGCGCAACAAGAUCUUCCGAGCCGUCGCAGAGAUCAAGAAACGCUCGCGGACGACCUUCGUGCUUACGUCGCACAACAUGGACGAAUGCGAGUUUUCUUGCGACCGGCUCACCAUCAUGGUCGACGGCCAAAUGAUGUGCCUGGGCACGCUGCAACACCUGCGGGAAAAGUUUGGCCAGGGCUACCGACUCGAGUUGUUUCUCAAGCCCACUGUUGCUGUAGACGAAGACAAGCUCAAGCGAGCUGUGGACAAACUGUUUCCCGGCAUUCAACUCAAGGACACCCAGAAGAACGUGCUUUGCUACCACCUGGUGGAGCGAAUCCCUUGGAGCGAGCUGUUCACCAAGGUGGGCACACUCCAGAAAAACUACCCCCUCGAACAUGUCCUCGUGGGGGAGAACACCCUGCAGGACAUCUUCUUGAACUUCGCCAAAGAACAAGGAAGCCUCCGUGUUGUGGCUGCUGGUUCAGCAUCCAGCGUUGGUUCAGCAUCCAGUAGCACAAGAUCUACAAAGGCGCUUUCGACGGCUACGUCAUCUUGAACGUAGACCCAACUAAGGCUUCAGCAAAUUGCUUGACGGGCGGAGCAAUAACAGCUUUCGUGACAUCAAAUGCUUUGAGCUCAAUAUUUUAUUUUGCUGUUUAUGAUGGCUGUUCCUCGAAGCCUUACUUAAGUAUGGACUAGAAAAGGAAGAGUACAGAAGCAGAAGGGGUUUAGCCUUAAUGUGGCCUCCAUUAUGUGCAGAAGUUCAGAGGAAAACUUAUGGUGAUUUUUUUUAUUCCUGCCAUCGAUGUGUCUGUAGCAGUAGCAACGUUUGUGAUUCCAAAACUGACAAGAAGAACAUCGCUAACGGCUACUUAUCUUAAACAAGGACUAAGGUCACAUUUAU